UAUGGCCGCCUCCUCUAAAACAAAACAGUCAGAUAUGAAACACGAAAUAGCUUUUAAUGUGUAAUGCAGAAUGAUUUUAUUUACUUUAAGAGCGCGGUUUUACACGCCAACUAAGCACCACAAAUCCUGUGUGUUUUUUCUUAAUUUUGUAGCCAGCCAUCCUAGUUAUUUUAAUCUGACAACACAGCCAUAACAAACAAUACAUAAACUGAAUUUAAACGCAUAAAGCGUCAAUGUGUUUAUAACGAUGCUGAGUUUUCUCUAUGCCAGGCAGUCCGGGCUUGACGAUCCGGUUCGUCUGAGACGUGCAGAGUCCACACGAAGGGUCCUGAGUCUGGAGUUGAACCACGACAGAGAUGUUGAUCGUAUCCAUGGCAACGGUAUUAACAGCCUGGACAUUGAAGCUAUUGAAGGAAGAUAUAUGUUAUCAGGUGGAUCUGAUGGAGUAAUUGUGGUCUAUGACCUGGAAAACAGCAGCAAGAAACCUCAUUACACUUGCAAAGCAAUAUGCACAGUAGGCAGGUCCAGCCGGUAUGUGCAUAAAUUCAGUGUAGAAACAGUGCAGUGGUACCCACAUGACACUGGUAUGUUCGUAUCUAGCUCAUUUGACAAAACCAUGAAAGUCUGGGACACGGAAACUCUAAAGCCAGCUGAGGAGUUCCAGUUUGAUGGCAAUGUCUACUGCCAUCACAUGUCUUCUAUAGCUAGGAAGCAUUGUCUUAUAGCAGUUGGUACUAAAGACCCUAAAGUGCAGCUUUGUGAUCUGAAGUCUGGGUCUCGCAUCCACAUCCUACAGGGUCACAGGGGUGAGAUCCUUUCAGUGAGAUGGUCUCCACGAUAUGAGCACAUCCUGGCCACUGCAAGCACUGACAGCAGGGUCCGUGUCUGGGACGUUAGGAGGGCUUCAGGGAGUCUUUUCACUUUGGAUGAACACAAUGGGGACAAAUCCAAAGUCUCAUCUGAAGGAGUGAACACAGCCCACAAUGGGCGAGCGAAUGGAUUGUGCUUCACAGAUGACGGUCUUUAUCUCCUCACCACGGGCACGGAUGAUCGUAUGCGGCUAUGGAAUAGUGCCACGGGGGAGAACACGCUAGUAAACUAUGGAAAGGUUGUAAACGAGAGCCGGAAAGGUCUCAAGUUCGCCGUAUCGAAGGGCUGCAGCCCGGAGUUUGUGUUUGUGCCAUGUGGGAGCUCAGUGGCAGUUUAUGGGCUUCACUCGGGAGAGCUGAUCACCAUGCUGAGAGGACAUUAUAAUUACGUAGACUGUUGUGAGUUUCAUCCAGAUUACCAGGAACUGUACAGUGGAGGUAAAGAUUGUAACAUUCUGGCCUGGGUCCCAGUGUUAAGACAGCCUGACACAGAAGAUGAAGGAAGCAACACGGCAAAGGGUGGACCACAAGCUGCUAUCAAUCCUGCUUUUGAAGAUGCUUGGAGCAGCGAUGAAGACUAACAGUCCAGUUCUUUGUUAAUAAAAAACCACAUAAACCACUAUAUACAUUCCUUCAGGGGUCAACGUGCCUUUACUACAUGUAAUUGCAUACUGCAUCAAUGAUUGCACAAAAUGUACAUGUAUUAAUCAGAAAUGUGGGCAUUUUACUCUGGAAAAUACCAAACACAAACUUUGUGGGCCUUUGGCACCUUAAGAAUCUUUAGUUGGGCUUGUGGAUGUUUAUAUUUUACAUAACAGGUGUCAUGAGGUUUGCUUAUGCAGGAUUUGCAUUUUUGCCUUGAGGUGGAAGUUAUAUACCAUUAGAAGACCAGUAAGCAUGUACGAGCUUACUAGAAAUGUUUGUGUUUGUCGAUGUACAUAAAUGGUGCUAAACAGGUUAUUGAAUAAAUCAUGCAACAUUCCACACGAAAAAUACUGUAGUAUAUGUUAGUAUUUACUUAAAGUAAACUGCACUGAAAUUCAUAGAUACUAUAGUGUUUUUUUACCUAAUUGUAGUAAACAUUAAAAUAUACUACAUUAUUUUCUACAGUUUAUCAAUUCAAGGGUAUACACUGCAUAUCUUGUAAUGUGAGAUUUUUGGACUGCUACAAACAUUGUUUUUAAUAAUUAAAUAAGAAAAGUUUUUUUAUGUAAAAAUCAUAAGUUCCUUUUUUUCUGAAUAAAGACAUUAAAUACAAAAAUCACAUUUUGCUCAAUGCCACAUUUACAAAAAGAAAUAAAAUUACACGUUAUCAGAGAAGAAAGAAGAAAAAAAAAAUAGUACUUUUAAAAUAAUACAUGUUUUAAGAGCUUUUUGUUUUUACUUUUUCCAAAUAGGAACUUUAUAAUUUGAAAUCAUUCAUAAAAUGUGACAGAUUUGGUUUACAAGGGGCUUAUU